GUGAGAGGACGCUGGAAAGUUAGAACAGAACCUACUGUGGAUAUUAAGGAGGUCUUUACUUUAGUGCUAUUUUUAAGCGGACAAGGACAUGAAACUUUAAUUUUACAUCGAGUAUAUCGCCUUUUUGGAACGCACCAAUUCUGCAUCUUUACGCACGAGAGGAAAAAAGAAAUAAAACAACAACUUCGACAUUUUUGUAAAUCUGCUCAUUUCAGGGAUGUUCAAGCGAGCCACAUCAUUCUGACAGGCUCCUCAAAGGAUGUGACUCUGCCAACUUGAGCACCCUUGCCUCUGUGUCCAGUGCUGUGCCGCCCUCUGCUGUGUGACCGAGGAAGGUCAAGAAGGGCCAGGCAGUAUGAGUAAUCAACUGGAGGAGGGGAUGAACCAGGUCAUCAUCAUCCACUACAACCACUCGGGAAAGUGGGAACGGCCUCGCGUCAGUGGGGCCUGUAAAAUGGUGCUGCUGCUCCUCAUCUGCGUGCUGAUUGUUCUGGAGAACAUUACAGUUCUCCUCGCCAUCUGGAGGAAUAAGCGCUUCCAUAGCCGUAUGUACUUUCUCAUUGGAAACCUAGCGUUGUCAGACCUGCUGGCUGGGGUGGCUUAUAUGGUUAACAUCUUUACCUCGGGACCCAAAACCUUCUUCUUGACGCCACUGGAGUGGCUGGCCAGAGAAGGCAGCAUGUUCGUAGCCCUCAGCGCUUCCACCUUCAGCCUUCUGGCCAUUGGGAUCGAGAGGCACAUGACAAUGGUGCGUCUGCGCCCCUGCGAGACAGCAGGUCGAGGUCGGCUUCUAGCACUGCUGGUAGCCUGCUGGCUUGUGUCGGUACUGCUGAGUGCCCUGCCCAGCCUGGGCUGGAACUGCCUAAACAAUCUGCCUUCCUGCUCCACAGUGCUGCCACUCUAUGCUAAGAGUUAUAUUGCUUUCUGCAUCAGUGUGUUCAGUGCCCUGUUGGUGGCCAUCAUUAUACUCUACAUCAGGAUCUACCGUCUGGUGACCUCCAGUAGCCGCAGGGUGAGCAGCCGGCCUUCAGAGCGAUCAUUGGCCUUGCUUCGUACGGUGGUUAUUGUGCUUGGGGUUUUUGUCAUGUGCUGGUCUCCUUUGUUUCUCCUGCUCCUGCUGGAUGUUGGUUGCAGUCCAGAUACGUGCCCUGUUCUCUACCAGGUGGACUGGUUCAUUGCCCUUGCUGUACUCAACUCUGCCCUUAACCCCCUCAUAUAUACUCUGUCCAGCAGAGAAAUGAGAAGCGCAUUUUUCCGGUUGCUGUGCUGUUGUCAGACCAGCAUGGAGCACACCGGGACUCCUGCCGUGGGCAACCCCAACCUAGGGACAAUCAUCCCCACAGGAGAAAACAGCAAGACAAGUUUUGGUGGAGGAGGGGGGAGCGGGGAUGGGAAGUCUACAAUGAAUAGAGGGAAGGUUCCCACACCUGUGAACUUAGACAACAAGCACGGAGAUCCCUCCGCCACUGCCGUGCCCCAUCCUUCAGGGCCAGCAGACCUGCUUUCAGCUGUACUUGUCAAGGCGGGAGCGCUGCCAGCCCUCAACAAGUUUUAAAUGGAAAAGCCUAAAUGAGGCGUUACAGUUACACAGAAACAGACUGGUCUGAUAUAAUCCUGCUACCAGCCACUUUUUGCUUGUACAGUGUUGUUUGGGUAGCAUGGCUUAGAUGAAGUAUUGAUAAAAUAAUUCAGAAAUUCAUUUGGAACCAAAUGCAUCUGAUUCUGAAUCAUAGUACAAAGAAACUCUUUUAAAGCCACUAUUUACAGGAACUCAGAUGUCUUUUCCAACACUAGAGUCGCUCGAAUACAGCGUCGGAGACUUACUUGGAUUUAGAAAUUUCGACAUUGAAUUCAUAUUGACUGGGGAUGCGUAAAGUAUGAUUUACUCUUUUAGUGUUUUUGUCUGUCAUUGAGUUUAUUUUUUUUUUUAUCUUGUCAUUUUAAGCAAAAUGAUCAAAUUCUUGCACUUUUCUCUUUUUUUGCAUGUACUAUACGCAGGAAAUCUUCAAACACCUGCAUUUUUCAUUACUUGACUUGAUAGACUAUUUAUUUUCUGUGAAAACAUUUGCCACCUUAAUACUACACAGCAGUUUUUUGUUUGUUUUUUGCUUUGUGUGCAUGAAACCCAUCAUGGUACUAGGACUUUACUGUUCACUUUAUUAUUGAUUAUUUGCAAUGCACUGUGAGAGAAACCUAUUCUAUAAGUUUAGUGCCAGACUAGCAGCCUCAUCAGGCUGUGAUGUGCAUAAUUACAAACCAAAAACAACAACAAAAAAACCUGUUGGUUGAAGGAAAAAUGACACUGCUAGUAGUUGAUUCUUACCACUAGUGGGCAACAUAGUAAAGUAUGCCCUGAUGGUAGUGCUGCAGGAGGUGGUGUUAAUUUGUGGGAUUCAACUCAUGGACGUUUCAGGCUCAGCUCUUCAUUACUAUUCUUGGUUCAUCUUUUCAUCAGUCUAAUCUAGUCAACAGAAGCUACACUGUGAGCAAAAUCGACCUGGCUAAUAGCGACAAUCAUGAAAACUUUAGGGUCUCAUCAGCACAUCUACAAACCACUUGCCCAUCAACUAACCACUAGUAAAUACGAGUGUUGGAUGUGAAUUAUUUAAAAGUUGUAGACUGUAAAUGACAUUUAUGCUGAGGGUGAUGUAUUGCCUGAUACGUUACAUAGCAAAUAAAAUUCUAU